AUGACUUCCAUGUUAGCAGUAGUUAUCUUCAUUGGCAUCGCGUCUGUUAAUGCACAAUGGAAUAAUUGGGCGGGAGGUUUCAAUCCAGGAUUCUCCCUACCACAGUCUAAUGCAAACCAGCCUAAUGAAGUCAGUUGUCGAAGUGAAUUUCAGAAUAAUCAACUUGAAGUUAGCAUCAGACCACGACAAUCUUUCUUUUUCGCUGGAGGAUCGGGGUAUACUAUUGAAGUAACAGUAACAUCGUACGAUAUUGAAGGACCAUAUACCAUCGCAGUCACCGAUUUAUCAACUGAUAAUCCCGUUUGUUUGGAAUCCGAUCUGGGUUUUAUCGCUACCAAUGGACAGUCACCAAAUAAUGGUCUACUCUCUCUAUUCACUGGUCAAUUAAGCCAGCCACAAAGUGCCGGAGUUGUUGGUGAAAUCGAUGUGGUCCUUAGUGAUCAAACUACUGAAACCUUCAUCUACAAUACACUUUACCGAGAUUUCAGAGAAUUUAGGGGUUUAGGAGUUGGUCUCUGUACCCAAGUUACUGAUAAUGAAAGUGUGGCCAAUUUCAACCCAUUCUUCCCGGUUCGCAGAAAUACAAGACAACUUUGUGAAUAUCCUGUUUUAUGUUGUAAACUAGGUUUGUCUUCUACAAACUGA